AUGUCUGAGGAUGCAAAGUCCCGCGUGCAGGUCUCUCUCCGCAUUCGGCCCGUAAAGAAAGGGGCUCGGCAUAGCACUAAGGUUGUUGUGCGCGGUGCCGAGGGCGGCAGUGUCGUCGUGGAUGACGAGCAAAGGACGAAGCGUGCGUACCGCUUCGACCAUGUGUUCAGCGGCGACCAGGCGGAGGUGUUCGAGGCUAUCGGGUGGCCGAUGCUGAGAGAGGCGUACAAGGGGUUCAACGUGUGCCUGUUUGCGUACGGGCAGACGGGGAGCGGAAAGACGUACAGCCUGCUCGGGGACAUGGGGUGCGAGGAGCGCGCGGGGGUGGCGCCGCGGUUUGUGCGGUGCCUGUUCGACGAGGCGCAGCGGAUGGUGGACGAGGACGCUGACCUGACGAUCAAGGUGUCGCUGUCGAUGAUCGAGGUGUACAUGGAGAAGGUGCGCGACCUGCUUGCGCCGCGGCAGCGCGGGCAGGAGCCGGAGUCGCUAGAGAUCCACGAGGACCCGAGUCGGCGCGUGUACGUGCGUGGCGCGAGCGUGCAUCAGGUGCUGAGCGCUGAGCGGAUGAUAGAGCUGCUGCGGAAGGGCAACGCGAACCGUCAGACGGCGGAGACUAAAAUGAACGAGACGAGCUCGCGGUCGCACGCGAUCAUGCAGAUCUCGCUGUCGCAGGAGUUCGCGUGCGUGGAAAAGAAGGAUCUGGAGUGCGUUGUGUCGCUGGUGGACCUUGCGGGGAGCGAGCGGCAGGCGAAGACAGAGUCGACCGGGCAGCAGUUUGAGGAGGCAAAGAAGAUCAACCACUCACUGCUGAUGCUCGGGCGCGCGCUGAACUCCUUCAGCGAUCGCAAGGGCGGCGACGCCUUCAUCUCGCUGCGCGAGUCGAAGCUGACGCGACUGCUGUCGGAGAGCUUUGGCGGGAACAGCAAGACGUGGAUGCUGGCGACGGUGUCGCCGACAGCGUUCAACCUGACGGAGUCCAUCUCCACGCUGGACUACGCCACUAACGCGAUGGCCAUCACAAACAAGGCGAAGGUGAACAGCAUCUUCAAGAGCCUGGAGCUGAAGGAGCUGAAGGCGGUUGUGUCAAGCUUAGAGAAGCAACUGGAGAGUCUAGCGGCGGCGAGGGAUGCAAAGGAGGUGGAUGUGGCGAUACUGCAGGAGGAGCGGGGUGCGCUGCGUCUCGCUGUUCAUACUGCCCGCUCGCAAGACACUGCCGCGCUGCGGCUGAAAAGUACACUGCAGCAUAUUCAGCUAGGCAACCUUGCCCUUCGACGUCGAGUCGAGGCAGCCGAAAAGCGUAUGAUUUGGUCUCUAGACAACGAAGCCUCAUUUCUCUUUUACAAGGGCCGUUGCGCCAUCUCACUGCGGGGCGUGCUUCGUGGCGAGAAGCGGGCGUACCGCCUCGCUUUACUAGCCGAAAACGGUCAGGCGACAUCUUCCAUCUUGCAUGUGCAAGUAUUCUCCCUGAGCAAAGAUCAUACAGUACGCGAGGAUCCAAUGGAGCUGGUGGGGCAGAGUAUCAAGUUCUGUCUGCGGAUAGUCAGUGCUGAGGGCCUCCCGCCGCAGUUUUGCCGACACUCCUUUUGCAAACUGUCUCUGCUAUACGAUCAGGAUAACCGUUACUUCACCACGAGCACGGCGAAAGACACUGUUAAUCCGCGCUGGGAUCUCGUAAAGCGGUUUGAGCUGCCACAUUUGUCACCGGAGGUGAUUGCGCACUUCAGCACUCAUCAUCUGUUUACGUUCGAGGUGUUUGGGUUUAGUACGUAG